AUGGAGAAUUCAAACAAUGUGACUGAAUUUAUUCUUUUGGGAGUUACAACUAAUCCACAACUGAGAAAAGUAUUCUCUGCUUUGUUUCUAAUCAUGUACAUGGCCACUGUGUUGGGAAAUGUACUCAUUGUCAUAACUAUUACCAGAAGCCACAGUCUGAGGUCACCCAUAUAUUUUUUCCUCACUUUUCUGUCCUUCAUGAAUGUCACCUAUUCAUCUGUCACUGUUCCCAAGUUAAUUGUGGAUGGCCUUUCUGACAGAACUACCAUGUCCUCUGAAGGAUGUAUGACCCAGCUCUUUGUAGACCAUUUCUUAGGUAGUGUACGGAUUAUCCUUCUCAUUGUGAUGGCCUAUGACCACUACAUAGCCAUCUGUAAGCCCCUGCAUUAUGUGACUAUCAUGAAUCCUCAAGUGUGCUGGCUGAUGGUAGGAGGGGCUUGGAUGGGAGGAUUUGCUCAUGUAACCAUUCAGCUUCUCUUCAUGGAUCAAAUACCCUUCUGUGGUCCCAAUGUUAUUGGCCGUUUUAUGUGUGACUUGUUUCCAUUGUUACAACUGGCCUGCAUAGACACACAGAUCCUGGGUCUCUCAGUCAUUCUCAACAGUGGGGUGAUGUGUGUGACCAUUUUCCUUAUUCUCAUCAGUUCCUAUGUGGCUCUCUUCUGCUCUUUAAAAUCUUCUGUCUCUGAAGGGAGGAGCAAAGCCCUGUCCACAUGUAGUUCUCACUUCACAGUGGUAGUGCUGUUCUUUGUACCUUUUAUCUUCUUAUACAUGAGGACUGUGGUCACUUACCCUGUAGAUAAAGCAAUGGCUGUGUAUGCUACCAUUGUUGAGCCAAUGUUAAAUCCUUUGAUCUACAGCUUGAGGAAUGCAGAAGUAAAAUAUGCCCUGAGGAAACUGUGGAGGAAAAGGGGAACUCAAGUGGUAAAACUUGAUAUGGUAGGGACCAAAUAA